AUGCAUAAAGCGGCGACUGUAGAUACAACUCCAAAAAUAGUAACACUCUAUAAAUGCUUAACUAAUCGAUAUUGGACAGGAUACCCGGAUAAUGUAUUUUGGCGGGAAUUCUUCCUUCUCAGUCCCCGUCUUCAGGAGCUAAAGCAAAUACUGAAUAAAACUUCGACUCAAGAUUUCAUUUACAAUGGCCCGAAAAUCCAUAGCAUGUAUCUUUUCGCAGUAGAUUUGCUUCGAUCAAAGGAUGAACAUUUACGAAUCCACAAUGCUUUGACAACUUUACAGACGUUUCUCUCGGCAAUGUGUGAUCAUAAGUCUUCGGAUGCAAAUUUUUCUGUAUAUUUGCUACUGGGAAACAUUGAUUCAAUCGACACCCAGUUUUCACUGUUCAUCCAAAACCUGUGUAACCUCAUCAAGACCUCUGAAAAUGCUCAAUGCCUCCAAGAUUCCCUAUCUUUUUUCUUGAGCUUCCUUGCUACUCUGUACAACUCUUCGUUAAUAUCUCAUAUAUAUGACAGCUACGAUGUUUUCACUACUUUAGUCACCACCAUCUUGCAUCAAAAACCUGGGUUUGAACUUGCUAUAUAUGCACUUGGAUUGCUAAGCGCCUGUGACAAGUUUGAAACCGUUAACACACUCCGGAUUCAUUUGUCCCAAAUAACUGAAGAACCAUUCUUUGAGGCUAUCUUAAAGUUUUCCGCCAUUCAGCUCAUUGCUAUAAGAGAUGAAUACGUUGCCAUAAAACAAGAUGAUCCUCCCGUCCCUUCUUUCUUUAGCUUCUUUACUAUCCGGUCUUCGCCUUCGAAUCCUGAUGCCAAACAGGAGCAACAAUUUGCUGCUCUGCCCGACAAACGCUUAGUAAUAUUUUUAACCAUUUACGAACUUUGCACUUGCAACAAAUAUUUUUGCAAAUAUCUCCUUCAGUUCCAGAAUCAAAAUAAUCCUGACUCUCCUUUAUCAUCUCUACUUUCCCUAUCCUCUUAUAUAAAUGUCCACCAGAGGCAAUCCAAACGUACCUAUCACUUCUCUAUGCUUUUCCUAAUUCUUUUUCACAUUUUAAUAGAUGAUCCCGAUACUUCUUCUUUACUUGUGCAGACCGAUUCAGAAUCCCGAGUCCGAAUGUGUUUGCAGAGAUAUCCUUUCCCUUCUUUUCCUACAAAACCAUAUGUUCCCAUAGGAUAUAUUUUAGACACUUGUUGCCUUGGGAUUCAACACAAUGCAAAGUUGAAAAUUAGUGCUCCAAUAUAUGUCUUGUACCUUACAUUUUUGCAUAAAUCUUUUGCUUUAUUGGCACAAAACCAGAUACGAUUGGAGUAUCAUUGGAGGGAACUUUGGAGGUUUUUAUUUUCUUUUUUAGGCUUUUGCAACACGCUUAUUAAUUCAGAAUUUUUCAAUCACGCUCCCCCGAUCGUGGAGGCAUUAUUAAAUUUGCUUGCCUAUACAGUUGCAAAUGCUGACGCCUUUGUUGAUAAUACUGAAGAAAUGGUGGAUUUGUUAUACAAGUUAAUUUGUAAUGCCCAGAUCUUUCAGUCAGUUUCUUCAAAAGUAAAGCUUAAAAACAAGCGCGCUGCUGAUUACCUUCUUGAAGUGAUCAAUUUUUUGAGCUCAAAAGCUUCCGAAUCGCCAGAUAGCUCUCCUGAGGAAUUAAUGUCCAUAAUUAAGGAAGUUAUUGAAUUAAUUCCAGUUGCAGAGCAGCAGGUUCUAUCGAAUAUACCUCCUUUGAGAGAGUCUAAUUAUCGUUUAUUUCAUAAACGAGUCAGUCGAGAUAUGGCUGAGCUAUUACGAAACGUGUAA